ACCCGAAAUCCCAUUUCCGAAUCGAAUUACUUCAAAAUGAUCAUAUUAUAAGAAAAGGGCUUACGUGUAUACUGGCUAACCCUAGUUAACAACCUAACCCUACACAUGGUUAACUCCAAUUCACUUUGCCACUAAACCCUAUAUAUACUAAUCACUACUCCAUGCGAUUCUUCACGACAGAUGUCCAUCUCUAAACCAUCCCAAUAGCUUUCUUCCUUUUAUUUUUUUAAUACUACAAAAACCCCAGUUCACUUCAAGCUUAUGAUAAUGAAACCAUUCCUCCAAGCUAACAUAAUCUCUCUCUUAACACUCUCUUCGUUUGGGUUCAUAUUGUACCAAACACCAUGGCCUUUCACUCUAAUCCUCUCAAUACUGUUCUCCUUCUUAUACUCCUUCCUCAACCACUGGCUUGUCCCCGGAGGUUUUGCAUGGUCAAAGUCAGACCACCGUUUCUCUAAACUCCGAGGCCCAAUGGGCUGGCCCAUCUUAGGGACUAUACCCGAAAUGGGCCCACUAGCUCAUCGCAAACUGGCCAGCUUGGCCGCUUCGUUCGACGCUAAACGCGUCAUGGCGCUCAGCCUCGGCUUUACUCGCGUCAUCAUCAGUAGCCACCCUGAAACCGCCAAGGAAAUCUUGGGUGGAUCGUCGUUUACUGACCGUCCGAUCAAGGACUCGGCUCGCUUGCUGAUGUUCGAGCGAGCCAUCGGCUUCGCUCCAGCCGGUACCUAUUGGCGCCACCUAAGGAGAAUCGCAGCCGUUCAUAUGUUCUCCCCCAGGCGUAUUGCCACUCUGGAGGGAUUGCGGAAGCGCGUGGCCGACGAAAUGUUGGCGCGCGUGGGGAUAGAAAUGGGUGAGAGAGGAGUGGUAGUGGGUCUGAGAGGAAUUUUACAAAAGGGCUCUCUUACUAAUGUGCUAGAGAGUGUUUUUGGGAGUCGUUUGGGUCUAGAUAAACAAGCUGGUCAACGGUUGGGGGAUAUGGUCAACGAAGGAUAUGAGUUAAUUUCCAAAUUUAAUUUAGAGGAUUAUAUUCCUCUAAGGUUUUUGGACUUUUUUGGGGUCAAAAGAAAGUGUCACAAAUUAUCGGCUAAGGUCAAUGAGGUCGUGGGUCAAAUAGUAAAAGAAAGAAAAAUAUCAUUAGAUAUUACUACUGCUACUAUUACUGAAUCUAAAACUGAUGAUAAUGAUUUUCUUAGUGCUUUGCUAGCUUUGCCAAAAGAGGACCAGUUAAAUGAUUCGGACAUGGUGGCUAUACUAUGGGAAAUGAUAUUUCGAGGGACAGAUACGGUUGCCAUACUUCUGGAAUGGAUAAUGGCAAGGAUGGUUUUGCACCAAGACAUGCAAGAAAAAGUUCAGCAAGAGAUCGACACGUGCGUGGGCACCAACGGACACGUGCGAGACUCUGACAUUCCAAACCUGCCAUAUCUCCAAGCCGUAGUCAAGGAAGUCCUCCGACUCCACCCUCCAGGCCCAUUACUCUCAUGGGCCCGUCUUGCGGUCCACGAUGUCCACAUAGACAAGCUCUUCAUACCCGCUGGCACCACCGCAAUGGUCAACAUGUGGGCCAUAACCCACGACCCAUCCAUUUGGGAGGAUCCCUGGGCCUUCAGGCCCGAGAGAUUCAUGGAAGAAGAUGUGACCAUAAUGGGCUCUGAUCUAAGGCUGGCCCCAUUUGGGUCGGGCCGAAGGGUUUGCCCAGGCAAGGCCCUGGGCCUGGCCACUGUGCACCUCUGGCUAGCUCGGCUUCUUCACCAGUACAAGUGGCUCCCGGCUCAGCCGGUGGACCUCUCCGAGUGCCUGAAGCUGUCCAUGGAGAUGAAGAAGCCAUUGGCGUGUCACGUGGUUCCUCGUUUGGACAAUGCAUGCCCAUGAAUUAACAAGCUAUAGUAGCUAUUAUUAUUAUUAUAAUUAUAAUUAUCGUUUGCUAAUUACCUAUAUUAAUUAGUAUCAUAAUUAUAUAUAUAUGUUUUAAUGUGAAAAAGGAGUGAAAAAGGAAAACGUAACUACGUUCGUACGUACGUACUAAAGAUCUGCAAAGAUCUUAUAAUUGUAUCAAAAGAAUAUGCUUAGGUUGUUUUCCUGUAAUAAUAAUUUUAAGUGUGGCGAGUGAUUAACUAAGUUAGAUUGUUAAGGCGAGGAACUCACCUCAACCUAAAAUCUCUCUUGUGUAAUAUUAUCAUUUAAUAUGAAGAAAAAAAUGUAAAUUAUAUAUAUGUUAAUUUUGGUUUAUCAA